CACGUUCUUGGAUUGGCGCACUCAAGAAUCGCUAGUUGCAAUUUUUAGAAGCACGAUUAUCUUCUUUGCGUUCCGACGGAGUUCCUCUUUCGAAAUCGAAUGAUCCUUGGAGUCUAGCCCGCAUGGAUGUGGUUCAAGACGACGAAACAGCAAUUGUCCAACUACAUGAGGUUGACGCGGCACAGGAGGAAAGCAUCACUUUUCACUCCGACAUUCUGGAAAAAGCGAUCGCAUUCGUGAAAGCGCUCUCUACAAGUUAGAAACGAGUGGUGGCGCAUGAUGCCAGGACCCAACUGCCACUUGCGGAUUUAGCAAAGAACUUGCAAAGCCUAGGAUUCGAGCACCAGGAUGCUUCGUGGUUGAAUAUCUUACGGGCAACAGAAGCAUUUCAUUAUCCCGCGUGAGGCACUAUCUCGAGUGGGAUCCCCUGAUCCGAGUAGAAACUAUGGGGGCUACGCCUUAAGAAAACACUCAAGCACGUAUAGUAAGAAGCCAUCUGUUCUAAAUUUGGGCGUAAAUCGACUGGAACC